AUGGAUCAGUCAAGUACAAGACAGCUUAUCAACGGUCGAACCAGGGACAGCUUGGAAGACGGUCGAAGUUUUGAUCUAGACCAUAUCAAGGAUAUCUCUGUAGGGCUGCGUUCGACCAGCAGUCCCAUAUCCUUGGCUACUGGCACCGGAUUCAGUAUAUAUCAGAACAGCAUCAUUCCUGCCAUGAAAGCCGCCCAACAAGAGGUUAUUCUGGUGACCUGCUUUUGGGCCGAUUCUGCAACACUUUCUGCUAUCAACGACGCUCUUCGGCACCUAUCGGAGAAAGCCACAGCUUCGUCAUCAACGAUAUCUGUUCGGAUAUGCUUUUCUUCCUCUUCACUCCCGCGGAACCUGCUACUGCCGACUCCUAAGAGGGGUCAGAACUAUCCCCCACCUACGUGGGAUAAACUUGGAUUGCCCCAACCAGACGAACUUGCUGGGUUGAACAUGACCAUCACCCGCAAGUUUUUCUGGCCUUUUGGCAUAAUUCAUUCCAAAUAUGUCAUUGUAGAUCGCGAGAUUGCAAUAUUCCCCUCGUGCAACGUCUCAUGGGAACGGUGGUUCGAGGUAGCCAUUUCCCUCCAAGGUCCUGUUGUUGGACACCUGCUAGCUUUCCACACUGAAUUCUGGGACAAUGGCAACCCCCUUGCCCCAAUACAUCCCUCGGAAGCCAGAAAUGAGAUCAGUUCUUUGAUCGCUCAAAUUCCGGUGGUGGACGGACUGGCUGAGACGGCAGUUUUCGAUCACGCCCGACAUAGCAUGACUCUACUUCCUUCACCGCAUAUGUCGACCUUACUGCCCAAUCAUCUUCAGCCAGCUUCAAUCUUAGGCCACUUACCUUGUUUCCCUGGCAUAUCUCAUACCUUCCCUUCGACCCCUUUGUUGAACACGACCCAUCAUCUCUUGUUCACAGCAAAGUCCUCGAUAGUUAUGCUCACCCCUAACUUGACGGAACCCGUUGUCAUAGAGGAUCUAAUUCAAGCAUUGGAGCGAGGUGUUGAUGUCCACAUCUGGACGAAUCGCAAACUCAUGACAAUGGAGCAGAUAGUGACAGCCGGUACGACUACUCCGAGGUGUCUUCGGAUUUUGGCGAAACGAUCCAAAGCACUCAGAGGGUCCUUACAAACAGUAUUCUUUGACGAUGGUCCCGGGGCGUGGGAAGGUGGGGAAAAUGCGAAAGAUAUCACUCCAAUCAAGCUGCAUUCAAAGGUAACCAUCAUCGAUGGGGAGAAAAUCUUGCUCGGAAGUUGUAAUAUGGACGCUGCAAGUUGGAAGACGAGUCAAGAAUUAGGCAUCCUUGUUGAGAGCAGAGAGGUCGUUGAAGAGUUUAAGAGAACGUGGAAGUAUGGAGGCCUUGAGUGA